GCGCCCUCCAGUUCUACACCGGUGCAGACGCCGGUUCAUCGGCCCGCGUCGAGCGGCCAACUGACAGUACUCGGGGUUAAUUUACGGUACGGCGCGUAAGCGAGACGAUGGCUCAUCAUGAGCCAUGGGGCGAUGAGUUCCCUCGGCUCUGGCGCCUUAGCAAUUUGACAAGAGAGUGGCCUCGUCAGUUUGCCCGGCUGACCGACUCGGCCGCCCCGCCCCGGGCAUCUGCCCCCCGGACAUAACUUGCGGUAGCCUUUUCAAGCUCGUGGCCGGGGAGUUGGUGUGCAACACAGUUGUCUGCACAAGGCACAGUAGCGUCUGCAUUGCCCCAACGCUCGAAUCGAAGCUGGUGGGCUGUGGCUAGCAGGAGUUGCGACGAUGACUCCAUUGCCACCGCUCGAGCAUGGCUUUGCCCUGCGAGAUGAAGAGCACUUCGAUCCUCAGCAUGACCAUGAGGAUCAUCAUGACGAGCAGCUACGAGUGGACGCUGAAUCGCAGAACCUCUUGUCCAACGGCACGGGCCAGAAUGUCCGUCAUGGCCUCGACGACGACGACGACGACGACGACGGUGACGACAAUGACGAACGCCCUGACACCAGGGAACGCUGGGACUCUCCGCCGAUGAACAAGUAUCGUUACUUCGCCGUCAACUUCUCGUUGUUCAUCUUGGGGAUGCACGAUGGGUGCAUAGGUGCUCUCUUACCAUUUGUACGUAUAAUCGUUCCAAAUGAUGGCGUCAAGAGGUGAGAUUUAUGUUUAUGCGCCCUAAUUGCUUUGCCCGCCAGAUUGAGAAAUAUUACGACAUCAACUAUGCCGUCGUCUCCACCAUGUUCCUCUCUCCGUUCCUCGGAUAUGUCACGGCUGCCCUAUCCAAUAACUGGGUUCACUACAAAGUUGGGCAGAGGGGUGUCGCAUUCCUAGGCCCGACAUUUCGACUCAUCGGAUACAUCCCCCUGGCACUCCACCCGCCGUUCGCCGUGAUUCCAAUCCUUUUCAUGCUCGUGGGUUUUGGAAAUGGAAUCGAAGACAGCGCAUACAAUGCAUGGGUUGGCAACAUGCAGCAUACCAACGAGCUGCUCGGUAUCAUACACGGCGCUUUUGGCCUGGGCGGGACGGUGGCGCCCCUCAUAGCGUCUGCCUUGGUCGCGAAACUCGAGUUCCCGUGGUACACGUUCUAUUACUUCAUGAUCGCUGCCGUCUGCGUCGAGUUCGUCUUUGGCCUCUGGGCGUUCUGGGGAGCAACUGGGGCACUCUAUCGGGAGAAGCUUCGCAAGGAGAGCAACAGCCACAGCGAGGGUGUCACGACGCGCGUUGUCCUUGCUGAGCCCAUCGUCUGGCUGACGGCCAUCUUCUUGCUGGCCUACGCUGGCGUCGAGGUCAGCCUCGGGGGUUGGAUCCCGACUUUCAUGAUUGAGGUGCGCAAGGCAGAUCCGUUCCUGGCUGGUGUGACGGCGACGCUCUUCUGGUUCGGGCUCAGUCUGGGCCGCAUCGUGCUAGGCUUCGUCACCGGCAAAAUUGGCGAAAGGCUGGCCAUAACAGCAUAUCUCUUGUGCUGCAUCGCCUUGCAGCUUCUCUACUGGUUCAUACCAAGCAUGGUAGGCGCCAUGAUCUUUGUUGGGCUGCUUGGUUUCUUCCUUGGCCCACUCUUCCCGGCGACGGUCGUUGUCAUGACCAAGCUACUCCCUCAAGCAUAUCAUAUCAGUGCCAUUGGAUUCUCUUCGGCGUUGGGCGGCGGUGGCGCCACCGUACUGCCCUUUGCAGUCGGCGCCAUCGCGCAGGGUCAUGGCGUUCAGGUUUUGCAGCCCAUUGUCCUAGUCUCGCUCAUCUUCCUCGUCUACAUCUGGCUAUCAAUCCCCAGGACCAGGAAGACGGCAAGUACCAAAGAGGGCAGGUUCUCGAUAGGCGAUUACUUGAGUGGGGUGUUUGGACGACAGGCAGGGGGUUGACGGGAGAUUUGAGACCAGGCUUUUUUGCUGGGCGUCAUAAUCAACAAAAGGCCAAAAGGAGGGUGCUCACGGUGAUGACUGGUAUUUGGCACUAUGCGACACGGCAGACUGUAUUUGGAGGGAUAUGUUGGUGUCCCCACUAUCAUGAAAGAAACGAAUAAAGACAUACAAUCACUUUGGGGG